AUGUGGCUGAUAGACACAGACACCGUUGAGCUUUGCGAGUUCAAUUUCGACGUCAAUCGGCCAAAGUAUGCCAUUCUCUCCCACCGGUGGACUAGCGAUGAGCUCGGCUCCAAAGACUUCAUGAAGGGGCGAAGGAAGGAUUCCAUGGGCUACCAGAAAGUAAUUAGCAGCUGCAAAGUCGCUCGUGACCGGGGACUGUCCUGGCUAUGGAUUGACACAUGCUGCAUCGACAAAAGAAGCAGCGCCGAACUCUCGGAAGCUAUCAACUCUAUGUACCAGUGGUACGAAUGUGCUUCGGAGUGUUAUGUGUACCUCUUUGACGUUCUGUAUGGUUCGGACUCGCCAAUUGAAGACCUCGACUCACAGCUAGAGCGGUCGGACUGGUUCACGCGAGGCUGGACUCUCCAAGAAUUAAUAGCACCUCGCACUGUCCUCUUCUUCAACGCCUCCUGGAGCCUGAUUGCCAUCAAAAACUCCGAAGCUCUCGCCGACCACGAGGAGCUAUCGGUUGAAAUUUCGUCGCAGAUCGCAUCCAUCACAGGCAUAUCGCUCGACAUUCUUCUUGGGCAAGCCCAUAUCUCCAACAAAAGCGCGGCGCAGAAGUUGAGCUGGAUCGCAAGACGGACUACGACGCGAAGGGAAGACAUAGCGUAUUGCAUGCUCGGGAUCUUCGAGGUGAAUAUGCCCUUACUCUAUGGCGAAGGUGCAAGAGCCUGGCCUCGUCUUCUGCAAGAAAUCAUCAGGAAGACUCGCGAUGAGACGGUUUUCGCGUGGAGGUCUCCAGUGGAAUCGAGUAGCUCUGUCCCGCUGCUCGCUGGAUCUCCGAUAUGUUUCCAGCACAGCGACUCAACCGUAGAGUGUGACGCUUUGCAGAGGCCGGCGUAUACGCUGACGAACCUGGGGCUGGAAAUUCGUCUGCUGGCGAAGACUGCAUUUGAAUAUGUUGGGUCGCAGAAUGAGCGGAUUCUUGUCGUGGUGCUCAAUUGCUGCGAAGGGAAGACGCCUGAGGGUCGCCUUGUGCUGUGGUAUCUGACGUUAAAGCAACGGAGCUGUGGCCAUUAUGAUCGACUGGGAUGUGCACCAAGUCCGCGCCCACUCAUCUCUGACGCGACGGCGUCGACGGCGAAGCUCAUACUGGGAGAUGAGACGAUUUUUGUUCAUACGACGGCUGCGAUUUUGCGGGAUUGUUGGCGUCGACUUAAAGUCACCGAGUCUACGGCAUUUGAUUCAAAGGACCGCAUCACUGAGCUAUUGGAUCGUUCUGUGAAAGAGUCUGUGCAUACUGAUAGCCCUUGA